AUGACACCAUUUGACUGCGAGAAAUCGUUCUUGACUUGUGACAUUACUAUUUAUGACAGGUCUGAUCUGGUGACUGUUUCAGAUGUGACGGAUCUGGAGAUUGCUCUGAUGGUGAAGACGAGAAAGAUUGCCCUCAUCCUGGCUGCAAAGCAGAUCAGUGGCAAUGUGAUAAGUACGAAUGGCACAGCGUGUCCUGUAUCGCAGAAUAUCAGCGGUGUGACAACAUCACCGACUGUGCCGACGCAGCAAAUCCAGUGGAUUGCGAUAGUAACGAUGGCAGUGUCUUCAUGUGUGCAGAUGGACGGCAGUGUUUUGAUAUGUCGAAGAAGUGCGAUGGCAAAUAUGACUGUCGAGAUCUGA